UUUUGGUUUCAUGAUCCAUUCUUCUUCUUCUAUAUGGUGUUUUCAUAGCACCUUCAUUCCCAAGUUGAACAACUCUGUUAUUCAACCCAAAAACAACCGUUGUCAAGUAAAGAAGAGAUUCUCUCGGUCUUCACCGUUGCUUGUAGCUUCUACUCCAACAGCAUCCAAACAAAUGACUAGAGUACCUAGAAACCCUAAUUUGGCAAAGUUGGAAGCAGGUUAUUUGUUUCCCGAAAUAGCAAGACGAAGAAAUGCCUAUUUAGAGAAACAUCCCACUGCCAAUAUCAUAAGUUUAGGUAUCGGUGAUACUACACAACCCAUUCCAGCCCAUGUGGCACAAAAGAUGGCCGAAAGAGCUCUCGCUUUAGCCACACCUGAAGGUUACUCAGGUUAUGGACCCGAUUUAGGAGAUCCAGAGCUUCGGAAGAAAAUAUCUGAACGUCUGUAUGGUGGGAAAGUGGAUAUCGACGAAGUUUUUGUAAGUGACGGUGCCAAGUGUGAUAUUGGUCGUCUCCAAAUGAUGUUUGGUCCAGGAGUGGAUAUUGCCGUUCAGGAUCCUUCUUAUCCAGUGUAUGUGGAUAGUGCGGUGAUUGUAGGUCAGACUGGUACAAAGAAUGGCUCACUCUAUGAAAAUAUUCGUUACAUGACUUGUCUACCGGAGAAUAAUUUCUUUCCUCAACUGGAUAAAGUGCCACGUGCAGAUAUCAUUUUCUUUUGUUCACCUAAUAAUCCUACUGGUGCUGCUGCAACAAGAGAACAGUUGGAAAAGUUGGUGCAAUAUGCAAAGAAUAACGGUUCCAUCAUUGUCUACGAUGCUGCUUAUGCUCCUUUCAUAAGAGAUGAGAAUAUUCCGCAGUCUAUUUUUGAAAUUGAGGGUGCGAAUGAAGUUGCUUUGGAAUGCAAUUCUUUUAGCAAGUAUGCAGGUUUUACUGGUGUUCGUUUGGGUUGGGUGGUAUGUCCAAAAAGUUUGCAAUUUGCCGAUGGAAGUUUUGUCCACAAAGACUUUCGUCGCAUAUUUACCACUUGUUUCAAUGGUGCAUCUAGUCUUGCUCAGGCUGGUGGUUUGGCUGUAUUAGAUGACAAGGGAAUGCAAGAAGUUAGACGACUGACUGACUAUUACUUGGAAAAUGCUCACAUAUUAUCGAGUGCUAUGCGAGACUUGGGAUUGAAAGUAUUUGGUGGAGAGAACUCUCCUUAUGUUUGGGUUCAGUUUCCUGGACGUAGCUCUUGGGAUAUUUUUGAAGAGUUGCUUGAAAGGGCACAAAUAGUCACCGUUCCAGGUUCAGGUUUUGGUUCUGGUGGAGAAUCAUUUCUAAGAUUGAGUGCAUUUGCAUCUCGAGAGCAAUGUUUGGAAGCAAAGAGUCGAUUAGAGAAAAUGUUUGGAAAAUAAAAUUUGUUCUUGUGCGCAAUAGGAAUUGUGAGCAUUUUGGAUGAAUAAUAAUAAUACCGUAGAUGAAGAUAGUCUUACGGACACUUCGGAUGAAGACAUUGAAAGUCGUUUUAUGUCUCAACACGGAGACCCAUUGUACGAUGAGCAUGCAGACUCUGAAGACGAGAGGUGGGUGAAGGAAAACUUGUUUCACGGUGGACUAUUUCGACGACAGAGAGGAGGAAUAACCGACAAAAGAAACCUCAGAGAUGAAGAAUGGAAAGACUUGGACGACGAUGAGUUCCAGUUAUCUUGCCCUUGUUGCUUCACUUUGCUUUGUGUGCAGUGUCAACAACAUGAAGAGUAUGAAAACCAAUUUAGAGCAAUAUUUGUACGGAAUUGUCGAGUCAGAACAGACCAAAGGCUCAAAGUUCGUGUUCGUGGUGCAGAAGGUGACCGGGAAUAUCAACAACUGAAAGAGGCAGGUAAAGUAAGUGACUUACAAAACAAAUAUCUUCCAGUCGUCUGUGCCGUUUGUCAUACAGAGGUUGGAGUAUUGGACCAAGAUGAAGUGU